AUGGCUCUGAACAGAGACGUUGUUCUCACAGGGAAGAAGAAGCAGAGUUCCCACGACAUCGUUUCACCACCAGUUGAAGCUGGGAAUCAGAGCGACAUCGUUUCAUCAUCGUCUGGAAAAGAGAAGCAAUGUGAAACUGUUCCAUUGCUUGCUCAAGGGAAGAUACAACGCACGUGGAGUGACGUCGUUUCUGGCGAAAUGCCACUUAGUCCUCAAACUUGUUAA